AUGGCAUACUACCAUGGCUCCGGGCCGCCGGCGGGGCAGGCCUACAAUGGGCAGCCCGGUUCGAUGCCUUAUGGCGCACAGCAGUUCCAAAUGAAUGGCCAAAACCCAUACGGGCAGGUGUCUGCCGCUCCAGGAGCGCAUCAUAGCUACCAAACCCACCAACAGCACCCUCAGUAUCCGCCAUAUGCCCAACAGAGUUUCCAGCCGCAGCAAUCCCAAGCACACCAGCAACAGCAGAGCCAACUCCCGCAACACCAGCCCAGCCAUCUGUCUUCUUCUAACCAGUACCACCACCAGCAACAACAACAACAACAGCAGCAGCAGCAGCAGCAGCAGCAGCAGCAACAGCAAUACCAGCAGAGAUUGCCCCCGUCACAGCAACACCUCGUCGACCCGUCCCCGUUGACCCCUUUGCCCCCGCCGGUCCAAUAUUCUACCAACUCUAACCCGAGCAAUUCAACCUCGACAUACCCGAGCUACGAUUCCACAUUCAGUCAACGCGCGGCUACGAACCAGUUUGCUCAUCAGCAGCCUCAUAUCUACCACCGAACAUCCCAAAUCCCACCGCCUGUCGCCCACUUUCAGCCGCCAUCUCACCGACCGCAAGUCCCAUCGCCUUUGCAACAGAAUCAACAGCUACCUUCGGUGCCGCAAUACGUACAGCCGCAACAGUUACAGCAGCCGUCACAGCCGUCACAGCCAUCUGCCAUCUCAAACGCUUCUCGUCAUGUCAGGCCAGGCGGGGGUAUUACGAUCAAUAUCCCGGAAAUGAAGGGUCCGCCACCCUCUCAGGUCGCGAAAAGCGUCGAGCGCAGUAACAUAGCGCCCUCACCGGCGGGCUCGACACCCAGGGCUAUAUCGAAAUCACCCGCAAUGUCACAUAGGUCACCGGCGCUGUCGAGAUCGCCAACCUUGAAAAAGGUGCACAUGGGAGGUGUGACCAAGUCAACAACCGGCUCUAGGUCUCCUGCGCCGUCGAGAUCACCCGCACUUGCCAACUCUCCUGCCGUUGCUAGAUCGCCUGCGCCGAGCAUUCAAAAGUCACAUCUUGCGCUGGAGACAAUAUUGAUACACGUUGCGGAAGAGUGUUUGGACAAGGCUCAGGCGGCCGCCCCACGACUGGUUAGCUCGUGCUCGGAAGAAGGUCUUGCCGAAUACCACAAGCUGGUUGCAACCGGGCUCACAUGCCUUGACAGAGCCAUAGCUUCCGGCAAGCUCAGCGGUCGUGUUGAAGCUAAAGCCCGGCUAAGGUAUGCGGGCAUCGUGCUUGAGGAGACAGAGGAUCUCAUGUAUGCUGAGACAAUGUUGUCACAGGGUAUAGCGUUGGCUGAAAAGCGUCUAUUUCCUGAUUUGAAGUACUGCAUGCAAGACCUGCUUGUCAAGGUUCUCAACAGGAGAAACCAUAAGGCUGCGUUAGUGGCUCUACAAAGACACAUUCAUGAUUGCGAUACCUACAAACACAUGUAUUGGUCGUACGCUAUGAGACUAGGCAAGAUCUCAUUGCUUUUCAAUUCAACUGCCCCGCAGGACUUGGCAUCACUCAUCGAGACGAUCCGAGAAACCACGGCGCUGGCUAGUCGAAGAGGCGAUCGUGCAGUUUAUGUGUUCUUAUCGCUUCUUGAAGGCUUAAUUCAUCUGAAAACCGACAAGACAGAUGCGGUUCAACGCGUCCAAGCUUGCAUUGCUCAAGCCUCGAAAUUUCAGCUGGAGGAUUCGGCACACCUCGCUCAGGUUGAUCUGCUGAGGUCGAUACUAGACCUGGCAUGUAGCCUUCGCCAAAAGAGCCCGGAUGCGACUCUCAGCAAAAUUAAGAGUCUUCAGGACCGAUUAGAUGAAAUCCAUAACAUCUCUUGGCAAUCUUCAGAGUUAUUAUUGCCAAUGAAAAAGGAUGCGGCGUCGAAGAAUACCAUCAGUCCAGAUACUGGCGCGAUUGUACGAAUAGGAAACGAACAGCAUGACUUCCUAGUCAUUAAUUUCAUGUCAAAACCUGAUACUUAUGCUUUAUGUUAUGCACUCACUGGCAUUGCAAUUAUGUAUAAAACCACUUUUACUGGCGACAACAACGCCAGCAAAGAUACGGAUAUGAAGAGCCAGGAAGCUUGGAGGGAGGCGUUGCGCUCUUUAUCCAGGCUGGAAGCCCCUGGGGCACCGGUUGAAAAAAACUGGACCCUUCAGCAAUCAAUGCGACGAGGAAGGUGGCAUUCCGAACUGAAGAUAUACGUCAACAUUCUCCUUGGACUUUCACGGGCAUCACACUGUGAAUGGGCUGAAGUUCAGCAGUGUGUCAACAAUAUCGACUCGCUGAUGGACGAAAAGAUGGAUCGAAACCUCCAGGAUUUGGCCAUGUACAUGAAGGCAGUUUGCUAUCAGGGUCGAUGCAUGCUCGAUGAGGCCAUUGAAAUUUACUCGCACGAACGGUUCAAAGUCCGGCAUCCAACGGGACCUGACGCCCAGAGCAUAAUCCCACGGGAGCUUUCCAUUCUCUCUGCGUUGAACCGUCUCUGGAUCAUGCAGGAUCCACGUCAUAGAGACGAGAACAAGGCGGCAGUGAUAACCGAAGAUAUAAAAGAUUUGUGCAGCUCGCACCCGGAUCCGGAUCUGAGAACUGUGUUUAGCCUCGUCAUGGCUUCAAUCUCACACAAUCCACCGCUCAGUAUCAACGAUGUAAAGAAACACCUUCAAGGCGCCUUAUCAUCGUCGCAAGUAACCCGGAAUAUCCAGUGUCUGUCAAUCGCACUCAGCAUCAUGCGCUACCGGCUGUUCGAGGGUGUAGUGGGCGAUCAGGCCCUCAAGAGUGCAAAGGCGGCGGCAGCACAGGCAGACAAAGUCGACAAUUUGCUUUGGAGGAGUGUGGCGCAAGGCAUGCUCGCCGCUAGUUGCGAGAUGAUGGGCCAGCGGGAGGAGAGCGCCCGAAGGCGAGCAGAGGCAGUCAGGUUCGCUAACGAGGCUGCAGCGAAGAGCGAGGCUGCCAGGGCGGUCGCGUCGCGAGUGAGCAGUGUCUGAAUUUAAUCAAGCAUUUAGGACGAGCAUUGAUGGGCGAAAUGGUGUGGUAUUGCUUGUAAGGCGCAAUAAGUUGUUCUUUGCAUUUGCAUGAUGAUAGAACAAAGCAUGUCAGAUUUACAGAUGAAGCGGUGUUUACCUUCAGCACCAAGUUUGAGAUCGGACUUUGAUAUGGCUGCUCUGCUGUUGUUUGGGCCUGGGCCUCUUGUCGCGAUACAAACUCAAGCCAUGUUUGUGGCCGGGCCGAAACUGAUCGAAUUCUUGUAUACGAAGAUACUCGCCUACCUACCUACCUACCUGGUCGGUAUUAUAUACUUUGCACAAGUACCUACCAACAUCCCAAGCUACCUAGGUAGGUAGGUAGCUAAGGUAGGUAAGGUAGUUAUAUCC